AUGAUGGCUACCGAACAAGAUGGAGAUAUUGAUAGUUUAGUGUCUAGAAUAUGUCCAGGUGUUGAUUUAUUUGAACGCAGGAAGGUUAAGGAUAAACUUGUGGAAUAUCUAACUCAUGUGUCAGUACCAGCUGGCUGGGAAACUUGUGGAUACAGACUGUCCAAGGAACACCCCACAUACAAAUACCACAAAAGGCUGCUGGAAAAUUUCAUCGAUAAGCAGAAAUUAGUAGAUGAAAAGCAGAAAUCAGCAGGCUCAACAGUAACAAAAACAACACCAGAAGUGUUUUUUGAACAACUCAAACAGUUUGUCAAGGUAGAAGAACAGAAUGACAGUUUUUCUGAGUUUUGUGACUCAAGUAGGUCAGCCCUGAUAGACUUGUUUGAAGAAAAUUUAAAGCCUCAUGGUGUUGUGAUACGGAAAUGUACAUACAAUGCAGGCCAUUGUAAGGUGUCUGUGCUGAUAAAAGUACCUUGCAAGGCUCAAGAUGGCCAUUCAGAAUUGAUUGAGCAUGUCAUUGAUGUUAAAAACGAAUCUCUAAGAGGAUAUGAUCUUAAAGUUGGGGACAUUGUUGAAGUAACACAAUGCCGGAGAAAGGAAGGAGUCGCAAUGGAACCAGAAGUGAUAAAGUAAGUAUAGUUCAUAUCAGUUAUAAAUUUCAAUCUUACCAUGAUAUCUUGUAACAACUUGUUAGAGACUGAUCUCUGCACCUAUAACAAUAUUACAUUACUCUAAUUACAUUUCAUCCUAAAAGUAUAUGGAAUGUCACUGUGCAAUAAUCACUGUGAAAUGAGCAGCACCAUAAGGGAUAUCUUAAUUUCUGGAAAAAUUGAUUCAUAGUGUACAGGAUACAAAAUAAACUUCAUUACUAGAUAACUAAAUUUCUUCUUUUUGAGAAAAAAUGACCUCUGGUUUCCAUUGGAUUAUUGGAAAGAUCACUUCGAGAAGCAUCAUCAGUUUAUCCAGGGAAAGAAGGACAGUAGACUGUGACACUAACCAUGUUUUAGCUUUCUUCUCUUUGAGAUAAAAAAUCAGCAAUUGCAUUUGGGUGUAAAUGAACAAGGAGUCUUCUUUGUUAGUGUAGCAUUAUUACCCACUGGCUCACUAAUUUAUCCUUUAAUUCCUUAGCAUAUGGAUUGGAAUAAGAAUUGCCAGAAACUUUCUUCUUUACUCUCCAAAUGAGAACUAGAUGGUUUUGACUUGCAAAAUCAUCAUGCUUUUUAUCAAGCACGGCUUUCAGAUGCCAUGUCUUAAAAGUGAUGUGGAAAAUGGUAUGUGUUAAUUCAUUUCAAGUAGGGCCAGGAUUUGGAGAACAAGGUUGCAUAUCUCCAUGAAGAUUUCCAAGAACUACCCUCCUGCUGCAUCUUAGAGAAUCCCCCCCCCCCCCAUGCAUUCCCACUUUUCAAAAAAUCUCUUUCCUGUCUUUUUGCAAGGUGUUACCAUCGUGAUCAUGUUGAGAUUAAGUCAUUUUUAAACCUUUUGAUUGCAAGUGAAGGCUCAACUGCUGCAGUGACUGAACUUGUGAGGUACAUUUUUUGCCAGUUGCUUGGCAAAACUUUAUUUAUUGAAUUGUGCUCUUAUACUUUUAAUAUAAGCAAAAUAUUGUAGCUUUAUUGCCAACUUUCCUUAGAACUUUGGUUUUUAACCAGAAGUGAUUAAAAAAUAACUUCAACCUACAAUAUCCAUACAUUAUUCAUUUCAUACAUUAUUCAUAUUACUGACAACUUAUAAACUAACUGCAUUAAUCUCAUGUAAUACAAAUGCAAAGUUGUAACAUGAGUGCAAAUUUAUGUCUGUCUUACCUUUCUAUAAAUGCAAUGUUUUGUCAUGUACAUCAUUGAUAAGUAAAAAAAAUGAUUUCUCAUGUAAAUUUUUGUCAAGACUACAAAUUGCACUUGCCGGUUUGGGUGCUGAAAGUAAAUUUAUUGUCUUUGAAAAAUUUACUUGCACUCAAUUAUUAAGACCAAAUUGCACUCAAAAUCAUGUUAUUACCUACAGAAAUAGGCAACAAGAAUAGGCCAUUUUACAGUUGUGUGCUUAGUUGCCAAGCCUUUGAUUUGGAGUGAGGCUGAAGGUGACCUUGUUGUGAUAGAGACCAGUAUCUAGUUAGCAUGAUAACAAAGUAAUUUGCAUUUGAAAAGCAUAUCAUAACAAGGUCACCCUUAGCCUCAUUCCUGUUCAAAGGCUUGGCAACCAAGCUCACAACUGUAAAAUGGACUAUUCUCAAAUUAACAAUCAGAUCUUGGGAGAUAGAGAGUUAAGCAAGCAUCACAAGUUCUUAAUUAAUUUGUUGAGGGACUUUAUACCUAUUUUGUGACAUGACUUACUGAUUUUGUGCCAUGCCAUUUUUAGAUGUACUGCAUUAUGGGAAUAUAUCCUGGAACUUCCCAAAGCACUGUAUACAACACCAAUGACUAUGCAAAUUUUAUCCAUUGUUGACAAGAUUUGCUCCAGUGCCCAGAGAAAUAUGUCACACACAGUCACUAAUCUUGUGAAAAAGUUUCAGGAGAGUGCUUUCUUCAAAUCAGUCUUUCCAGAUUUUGUCAAUGAGACUAUUGAAGAUGGGAGGUAAGUAUAAACAUAACUGAAAAUUGUACUACUUUUUAUUCUUUUAUCCCUUUCACUCCAGGAGUGAACAAGCAUGAACUUCUCCUCACAAUUUCCAUACAUCAUCAAGAAGACACUGGUGAUGAGAAAUAAAAAAAAUGAUCAACUAGAGGGAUGACAGCCAUUUGAUUGAUCACCAAAUUCUUGGAACUAAAAUGAUAAGUGAUGAACGGCAAAGAUUGUAGAGAAUCACUAUUUAGAUCUCGGGAGUUUUAAAUAGGGUGAUUAUUAAUUGUUGCUAAUCUAUUAACCUCUGGUAUUUUUUGCUUUUUUUUUUUUGAAAUUUUUGGUGGUUGUUGCAUGCUGCAGACAUUUUGUUAUUUGCUACCAUAUUGUUCAUGCCAGGUUAUGCUUAUCAUGAGUUUUCAGCCUUUUCUGGCAAAGAGCUGGUGGUAAGGUUAGAAAGGGGAGGUAGUUGAGUUGGGUUGCUCCCUUUUUUUUUCUUGAUCUUUGUUAAAAAAUGUGAUUUAAUUUCACUUAAUUUAACUGACUGUGAAUUAAUUCAAAUAUUACACGUUUCCUUUACAAUCAGUUGUCAAUUGUCAAAUUUCAGCUUGGUUCAGCGGAUUCUGGAACAUGUUGUCACUGCUAUUCCAGCUGCUGGCCCACAUGUUUUACCACUGGCUAAAGUGCUUAUGGAUAAGUUAGUAGACAACUCCAGUGACUUAGAGACAGCCAAAAAGAAUGGACGAGCAGCUAUAGUUUUCCUAACUAAGCUGUCAUCCAUCAUUGCCUUAGAGGUGCCUCAAGGCCGUGAAGAAGUUCAGGAUUUGCAAUGGAAAGAUCUUCCCUUGAUACCAGUUGUGAAAGAGAUCCAUGAACCCAGUAAGAGUUAAUUGAGUUUAUUUUAAUAAUUAUUGUUGGGGCCAUCUGUUGAACCUCUCCUAUUCAGUGUAUUACAAUGUGUUAUUAUUAACUGUUUAAUCUAAGCUAUUGAAAUCAAAUGGCAAUCAUAGAAUCAGAGUAUUGAUUAAGAAAUACAUCAGCAAGAGAAUAUUCUCUAAGUCUGAGUACUUGGAAAAUAGCUUAGGGGUAGAAUUUUAUGUAGUGACGGAAUAGUAGAAACUGUUUAAUUGACUUUCAACCCUAUGAUUGUGCAUAAUGCCCAGCUGUGUGUAUAGCUAGCUCUGAACAAAGAGUUAGAACAUAGUGACAAUGGAGACCUAGUGGUGAUAGAGAAGAGGACAUAGUUGGCAUGGUGUAAUAGAGUUUGUGAACAACUGUAAAAUGGAGUAUUAGAGGAAUUCAGUGUAGAAUUAACCCUUUCACUCCCAAGAUCUCAUUAGUAAUUCACCUUACUGUCUGCCACAAAAUUCAUGUCAUGUUAGUUAGAGAAUUUGGUAUUGGAUCACCUGAUAAUUCCCUAAUUUAUAUUUUUCUUUAUUCUCAUCAUUUGCAUACUUGAUAUAGUCAGAUACUGUGAGGAAAAACUCCAUCUUGGUCGGUCAUGGGAGUUAAAAUCUUUUUUGGAAGCUGGCAAUGGCUUUGUUGAUGGUGUUGUGUUAUAAAUACUCAUGCAGUCUUCAUAUUUAGGAUUGAAGACAGACGACUUGCCAGUGAUAAGACAGCAAGGACCAUACAAAUCAGAGGAGGAAUACUUAAAUACAUACUUCAGACUUCUCAGAGAGGAAUGCUUCUAUAAGUUACGCAAAGGAAUCCAUGAUUUUGUUAUAAAUGGAGACAAAUGCAGUUCAAAAGAUACGACAAUGUACAGGUAUAAACAAAUUGCUGUUGUACUCUCACAUAGGAUGAUAUUUAGGCCGGUUUGGCACUUUCUGAUAUCAUCAGGAGUAUGUGAACAGGUCAUGAAUACUGAUACCUAAUAUACUGAAUUCUGCUGAACAACAUCUGAUUUACCUUAUCCUUCUAGAAGAAACAAGUAUCACAAUAUAAUAACAUUGUCAUAAAUGCUUUCCUAGGAUAGUUUAUGGAUAAUGUUUUCAUACAUGUAGUAGUCUCUUAGACUACAUAACAAGUGACUGGUAAAUGCUCAAAACAUUUAUGCUUAAUUGUCAGUAUUGCUUUUAAUGUGUGUGAUCAAUUUGAUAUUCUCAGAGUUUUCCUGAGAGGAGCUUCCCUGCAGCAUGAAAAUUCUCCAACUAUGAUGUUACUUUCACUGGAGUACAAGAAAUCAGAGUCAUCUGAAAAAAGUGAUGAUCAGCUUGAGUAAGUACAUUUAUCAAAGAGUUCAGUAAUCUUGUUGCUCUUUUGAUAUGUAACUGAUCCAAACUACAAAAAUUAGUAGUUGCCUUGGGGACCAAAACAGUUGCAGCAUGCAUGGAGCACUCUAUUAAGUUCAUAACAUGGAUUAUUUUUGGAUGACUUGUUUUGAGAAGAUUCCUCUUUUAGCUUGACAUCAUUAUAACUAAGUACAUUAUUUCAUUGUAUCUUUUCCAGCCAAGACUUCCUCCUGUAUGGAGAUCUGCUGUGUAUUUCCUUGGAUAGCUCUUUUGAAAAACCGAUCUGGGGUCUGGUGGAACGUCAUAUUUUUAACCAGAGGUAAUUAAAUUACUUUAAUCAACUUUAAGUCUAAAUUCUUUGCACCAAAUUUUGUUGAGAUUGGAAGAAUUUUAAAUGUCUAUAAAUUAGGAAUUAAAUGGGAAAAAACCUCCAGGGCAGUAUAUACAAAGUCAUGUAUGAGGCCUCAGAUGUAUCAAAAUAUUAAUACCGGUGGUUCUGCAUUUCUGCUGAACAUUGUACUUAAUAAAAUCAAAGUUGUUAUAUUCUUCAACUUUUCUGAGUUACUGCCAUACAUCAAUGAUUCUGAUUUAAUUUUGUCACCCAACUUUGAAAUUGCUCUGUCUUAACUGGAAAGAACCUCUCUAAGAUUAUAAUAGAAGCCCUUUGGCCUGGAAUUGAAUACCAAUCAGUCUAAGGAAGCCUCUAUAUCUUGAAUAAAAACCAAUAUUUCAUUUAUUAUGAUAAAUAUUAAUUCAUACUUUUAAUUUACACUUAUAAUUUUAAUUUAUAGAAUAAUGUUAAAUGUAGCACGUGAAGGUCCACAUCAGGUGACACUUAUACUUUCAAUUUUCCACCUACUGUAAGUAAAGCUAAUUGGUUGAUAUUGUUGUUUGAAAUCCAGCAUUGUAAGGAUUACUCUUUGUGACAAAGCAAAUGACCUUUCAGAAGCAGAGUUUAUUACACAGAUGCAGGAGGUUACAAACAAAAGUAAGUUUGUAGGCUGUUCUAAUCAAUCGUUCAUUAAACUUUGUCAAGGGAAUAAAACAUUUAGUUAUUAGUUUUAAAAAUAAAGGCCUGUCUUUCAAAUACAUUAGCUUUCAUAAUUACUUAUUGAAAUGUUGUACAACAUUGUAAUGAUUUAAUUUGGUUCUUUUGAGAAAUCUUGAACUUUGAAUUUGGGACAUAGAUGGGUGCAAAUUGUUUUUAAGGUGAUGGGUCUGAGUAGAAAUCAUACUAGCAAGAAACCUGAUGCUAUCAUGAGAAGCUGUACAUGUCUUUCACAGUUUUUAAUUUAUUAUUGGAAUGUAACUUGACAAUGUGAACUUGAGGUUGGGAAUCCUUCUUGAAUAGAUUCAGACUCAUUGGGAAAAUUGAGAGUGCAUUGCUCAAUGAGCUGAAGCAGGGGGUGAGUAGGCCAGGUCAAAUGGUUAAUGUUUAAUUCAAGCCUUUUAUUGAUCUCCAGAUGAUGGAGCAUACAUGGCACAGAGCCACACGUUCUAUCAGGCAUUUGCUUCAGCCAUGGAAGUACUGCAACACAAAGGUUAUAGACAAUGAUGUUGAUUUAAAUGAGAUAAAGGAAACUGUACAUGUGGAUUUUAGAAUAAAGAUGGAAAGAUCCUUUCUCUGUUUGAUUAAAUUUUAUGAAAUGAUUCUCAUUAUAUUCCCUUCAAUGAAAUCAUCCAUUACAGGGUUAGUGCAAAUUCUCAUUUAAAAAGUCAGCAACAUUUUCUCAGACUGCUUGAUAGCCCAGCUCACUGAUAAGAGUGCUGAACUGGUUUUGCAGGGCAUUUAUAGGUUGUAAUUCUGUUCAACCAUGAAUUUUGUUAGCUUUAUUGUCUUGGCUUAAUUUCUUAUAUGUACAUGUAUAUGUUUAUGUAAUUGAUUUUUCUGCAACAGAAGAACUAUUUAUGAUUCCCAGAGAAAUAGCUAUUAGGUUACUAGUAAAUGGUUUGCACUUUUUUUCUUUUCAAAGAUCUUGCUAAGAGACACUUCUUUAAAGCUUUUCUACUAGUCUUCCCAUCAUCAGCCCAAGAUCUUAAUUUGGAUUAAAAUGGACAAAGCAGCAAUGCAUUACACACAUUGUAUACUUUCACUACUUUAAAACACAUUUAAGUUUAAGAAUUAGUUGUGGUAUAAAUGACAUACUGUUAAGGAACAAGCAUUUGAUAGUCAGUCAGUAACACAAGAAGAGAUGAAAAACACAAACUUGUUUUCCCAUUUUUUCUUUAGAUCAUGUUCCAUUUAAAGAGUUCUUGGUUGACCCAAAACCAAAGUACUUUGAGCCAGCUGAAUACUUAGCUGACAUAAAAAGUCCCCCAGAUUGGGAGAUAAUCUUUCAUAAGGAGUCUCUGAGUUUUCAGGAAAAACAGUCUCCUUACUCACCUCUGGAAGAUCUCCAGGGAAUGCGAAUGAACAGCAACUUCAAAUCCAAACUUGAUCCAACACAGUUUGCAGCAGUCGAACUGGCGCUAAAAACCAAGCUCGUACUGAUUCAGGUAAUGCUUUAACUUGUAUGCGCCCAAUAUCCACAUAGAAUUAUUUGGUCAUAUGAAAAAUGUUUGCUAUUCCUUUCUUCCACAGGGUCCUCCAGGAACUGGAAAGUCGUUUGUGGGUGAGGCCAUAGUGCGCCUUCUUUUGUCCAUGCAGGUGCCACAAAGCCAUGGACCUAUUCUGGUAAAAUAAUCCACUGUUCAGCAGUCUUUAUGUCAUAAGUGCGUUGUUAAGUACUUGCAGUCUGCAAAACAAACCAGCUAGGGAAAAGGAACCUUGCUCCUGCAGACUCGCAGAUCAGAAUUUGUGAGGAUUCAAAUUGAAGUGGAAUUUUGCCAAGAGUUUCCUUAACUCUUUAACUCCCAGAAAUGAUUAAGAAGUAACUUCUUCCAAUAAUAUUCAUACAUUAUUCAGAAAACAGGUAAAGAGAAUACUCAAAAUUAUCAGAUAGAAGUUGUUAUCUUGAUCUAACGGCAAAUUCUCAUAACUAAUUUACAAGAAAAAGUGUAGCAACUAUAUGGGGGAAUUUACAAUAAUAACAACAAUCCAUGAUUUCUUCCUGAGUGCUCAGAAACAGGGACAGCUUCAUGAUGCUUUUAUGGCACUACUCACCUUUUUCUACUAAGGAUAAUUUAAAGAAAGUGUCGAGUACAGUUAGAAAACUACAGUUGAGCAGAGCCUUGACACCAUUUACUCUCUUUUUGUGUGGCUUCAUAUUGUUUCCUUUUUUUAAGGUUUCCAUCUUCAGCGCUGUCUCAUUUUUGAUAUCCUGGUUUACAGGUUGUGACCUAUAAGAAUCACGCCUUGAACAAUUUCUUGGAAACUCUCGCCAAAAAUUCACCCCCGGAUGAGAAGAUUGUCCUUGUUGGAAACUUGCUUGAAGAUGCUGACGAAAAAUUGAAGAGACUCUUACUAAGAGAGGUUUGUCUGUAAAUCAAACACGUCAAAUGAUUCUGUGACAGUUUUCGUAAAAGCUAUUUUAAAGAUUUUCCACUAAGUAAGAAAGCAAACGAGGUGGUUAAUCGCAAUAAACUAAACACUGCAUGAACCAAUAAGAAUCUUAGUCAAGUACACGUGAUCAGCUACAAACGUGUGGAAAUGAAAUCGAUUCGAGCUGCGUCAGGUUAGUUUUGCGGCAUCUGAUUGGUUGUACACCUCUUGGUGGAGCUCUCACAUGCUUAAGUAUUCCCGGUAUCUGGAAAACGCUUUCGGAUAAAAUUACAAUUACGCCCCGACCAAAGUCUGUCUAUACACGGGGAAACAGCAAAGAUUUGGAAUAUUCAGAGAAAAAAAGCAAUAUUUGGGAUAACGAUACGCCGCUGCAAUGGUUUAUUAACACUUUUGGUUUUUCAUUUGUUUGAAUGUUUGUUUGUUUGUUUGUUUGUUUGUUUAGGUUGGGCGAAAUUGGCCUCAGGGAUUGUAUGAGCGGAAAAGAAGCCUGACAGGAAAACUUUGGGCUCUGCAGCCUCGAGUUAGAAGAGCCUUCCUGAAGUUGGCAUUUUCCAGUAUUUUCAGUGCAGAGAUGUUCUUGGAAGUAUGUAACUACCUGACUUUAUCUGGGUGACGUUAAUAUAUUUUUUAGUUUGAAAAUAGAGUUACAGCAUCAAAUUAUCCUGGUUCAGAAUUUAGAGUGCUUAACUUUCAAACCUGGCGUCAAAUCAAAAUGGCUGAUAGCAAAGAGUUUAAAACAGCUGUUGUUAAAAACCCGGCCAGAACCUACGGCUAUAUAUAUAUAUAUAUAUUUUUUUGUUUUUUGUUUUUUUGAGAUAUUUCGACAAACUGUGUAAUUUUUCAAAAUGAUUCCACCAUUAUCAAAUCAACGAAUAGAUUCCAUGUUCAGUGCCGUAUGUCUGUUUAGUGAUAAAACACCGAUGGCCUCAAAAUGUAUGAAAAUAAAAAAGGCGCACAAGGCACAGUGUGUUACUUAUGUCCUCACCAUAUUUUGAUGUAUUAUGUGAUCUAUUGCGAUCAGGGAGGACGGCAACAUGGGAUCUAUUUGUUUAAGUAUAGCUAAGAAGCAACAUGUCGUUAAAGGUGACGUCCGAUAUGCGUCUGUUCUCCAAUAGAUCAUCGCUGAGAACCAAUCAAAAGGCUUGUUUAAUUCAGCUUAUCAUCAAAUCUGAUGUACAUUUAAUUCCAUUGUUUUUACAAGGAAGCAUCGGUAGACCAGAUUAGGUCCCUUCUUCGGGACAACAAACGUGAGCCAGUUGAUGAAGAAGAAGUGGAAAUUUUUCUGAAGAAGUUGACCGAAGGAAGUGAUCGAGGUGGCCUUAGGAGCAAUGCUCGACUUUUAGGUACUCAACCCUAAAUUUAAUUCUUAGCCAACAAAAGUGAAUUUGCCUUUUUAACUCUCCCACAUAAAAACCAUGACUUGAUUCUUCUAGGCCCCGUCUUCACCACGCCGGGUUAAUUAACACAAAACGUUAUUCCUACGAUGACGCCUAACUUCUGCACUUAACCGCACAGAUUCUCCACUGGAAACAGACUUCUUUGAAAACACUUCUCGAAGUGGUUAAUUUUCUACAACUCACUCAAACCCUAGCGGCCAACUGAGGGUGUGGUUGCACCUUAUUAGCGAGACCGCCACCGUAGAUCUGUUCGUGAUAAUUUGUUUAAAAGAUUUUUUUUUAAUCCAGAACUUGUGAAAAAUGCACUGCGGGACUGGUUGCCCGCUCAAGAAGAGUUCGAUAAGUUUGUCAGCAAAGAACAGGAGCCCAAACCAAAGAGAAAGUAAGUGUAUAUGAUAGCCACAAGUUCCAGGCCGGAUUACGGCCGUUCGCAGCAAGUUUUCUCUUUUCUUGGAAUUUCCUUGCCACAUGGGAUUGACAGAAUCAUAUAUAUCUGUUGCGUUUACCGUGAAAAAACGGCGAUAACUUGCAGCAAAAAAAAACCUUACGUCGGACAAACCAUCACAAAUAUGCCGACUGAAAUCUGUGAACCUUAGUGCAUUCCUCACAUGGAAAGUAAAUUGGAUGUCCGUAUGCUCAGGCUGUCGGCCGGCGUAUGAUGUAAACACGCACGAGACACAUUACGGUGCUGUAGGGUUGGGUUACGGUGCAUUAGUUGCAGUAGUUGGGUUUAAGAAAUUGUUCCACGAAAAACACACAUGCAUUUUUCAUUUUUUUCCUACGACUCUAGUGUAGCAGCUGCUCUUGCGAAGCAAAAAAGCAAAGAAGAUCCAGAGCAGGAGAAUCCAAGCGACGUCAGAGAUCCUUUAGUGGAGGAAAUUGAGCGUCUUCUCGCUUUGGAUAAACCCAUCUGCGAUGAAGAAGACGAAACAAUCGCCCAAGAUGUUGCUAAUGAAGAGCAGGAAAGGGGAGAUUCAUAUCGUGGAACAAGGGAGCGCAAGCUAGUUUAUGUUGAUGAAACAAGUAAAUUUCUUCUGUUUUGUUUUGAAACCCGGAUAUUGAGAGGAUGUUGUAAUACCUCUGUAAUUCUGUUUCCAACUUUUUUUAGCAUCAGUUUCGAAGUAAGCAAUACAUUUGUUAUCGGAGAGAGAGGCAUAUUCUUCCAACAGAAUGAUAAAGACAAACAAACAAACAAAUAAAAACAUAGCUCCCCUUGACGUUUAAGAACUUUCAGAUGUUGAAAGUCCUUGCUCGUUGUAUCAACGGAACGUCGCGACCAAGUCAGAUGUAGGUAAUGCUAAUUAACAGGAUUAUUAUCUUGUUGUUACGUACGUGAAAGCUCAUCAAAUCAAUGAGGAAAUAGAUAGUGCAAUCUAGCCUUUGAAUACGCAGCUGUGAUCAAACUGCGGCAGUUAUUGCCUCGUAUUUAAGGCAAGAAGUAUUUAAUAACCAUACAAGUAAAAGAGCAAUUUACCUUUUUUUUUAAUUAGAGGUGAUACCUCAUAUAAAUCUCUUGGAUGACGUCAAAGUGUGGGAUCUUGCGAAAGAGGAAAGAGUCCAGCUUGUGUAUGUUUUGCAAAGCAAGUUCUACAAGAAAGCCUGUUCUGAGUUCCAUGAAGUGAGCAGCUUGUACACAGAGGUAAAAGAAUGAGUUAUUUUUUUGUCGAGGGGCGGGGGAGGGUGGGGUGUCGAAGGAUUUUGAUUGUGUCACGAUAAAACUUACCUAAUCCCUCAUAAGGCUCAGUAUUAUUCUUAUGAUCUUCCGUCAUUUGCAGUUAAUUAGCAGUCAAUUUUCUACAGUCCCUCUAUACACUUUGGUGGUGACGACUCAUCCCCACUCCGUUUCCUCAAGAUCCCCCGCCCCCUCUUUCCCCCCUUCCUAUCAUUCAAUCUAAUGUCCUCGUUCAAACGGCAAAAACAUCAAUUAUCAUGUCGAGUUUGAAUAUGUCCAAACUACAUGAUAGGUGAUGAUAGUCGCUGAUAUUGCAUGAUAGUUCUUAUUCAAACUUGCGUAAUAGUUGAAACUAUUACCAAAUAUCAUGACCGUUUCAACGGGUCUUUAUAUACAGGCGCAUGUUAGCUAACAAAAAGAUUUUUCUUGUUACCUAACAGAUACAUCAUCAACUCAAGGAGCUGAGAAAUCAACAUGACAUUGAAGUGAUGAAAACAUGUCACGUCAUUGGAAUGACAGUGACUGGAGCGACUAUGAGGGCAAAUCUGUUGGGUGAGGACCGUUACUAAUGCCGUUGAUCAUGGCUCGAUUAAAAUCCAUGAAUUUGGUGGGUUUGCUUUUGUGAAAAAAGCCUAGCAGGUGGUUGGUUUGUCUGUUUUUUUAUUGUCUUCUUUUUGUCAUGUAUAAAUCUUGAUUGGUUCUUUAACAGAGGUCAACAGCAAAUAAAUAAAGUUGAUUGGAUCUGUCACCGAAAGCAACAUUUUGGCCAUAAACUCGUGCGUCCUCGAAAUAGACUUCUUUGUUACUUCAUUCCUUCUUUACAUACUCCCUCCCCAUCUUUUGGCAUGCCUUUCUUUCCUUCAAUUGUUCAUCCAUUUUUACUUUUUCGUUUGUUAUUUCUUUCUUCUUUCCGAAUUGAUGACUUACUUUCUUUUCUUUUCUUUUUUCCCUGCCCUCUCGUAGCCGUCGCUAUGGCUCGUCAUGCCAAACUCUCUCCUAGCGCCUCUUGCAUGACGGAACCGUACGUUAAGGUUGCACGGGCACUAACAGAAUAUUACAGAGGCGCGCUUUAUCUAAUAUCUUAUCACUUACAAUUUUAUACACAGCUGACAUUAAACCGUCUAUCAUGAUAGUGGAGGAAGCUGCCGAAAUCCUCGAAGCACAGCUUGUAGCUGUCAUUCCGCCCUCUGUACAACACCUCAUUAUGAUCGGUGAUCAUAAACAACUAAGGCCAGUGGUACAUUUCAACCGACUCCGAAAACAUCAUCAUCUUGAUCUCUCCCUUUUCGAGAGACUUAUCAACUGCAAGCUGCCAUACAUACAGCUUGGAUUUCAGUGCAGAAUGAGAGAUGAGAUUGUGGACUUGCUCCGAGAACUUAAGAUUUAUGACAAUCUGCAGACCCAACACGAGGUAACGAUCUGAUUUUUCACUCCUGGGAAUUUGGAACAGUUUUUAAAUAGCCUCUUAAAAUAAUCUGCUGACGGAACUAUGAAAUUACCCAAUCAGGUGAUGAGAAAAAGAAACUUAUUAGGUGGAGGGUGUUCUCUAAAUAAAACACAAAAUUGUCUUCGUGAUGUGCGCGUGAAGUCUCGCUCUCGCGUGUCAAUCACUGGCGCGGUUGUGUCAAUCACGAUGUUAAUCGAGUCCUAGCUAUACAGGCUACGUAGUUCUGGACUAAUGUAAAUCACGAAAUUUUUACAUUUGUUUUGAAUCCUCUUCUUAUAUGUCUUCAUUGUAAGCUUGUAAAAAGAAACGUUUUACCAGCUCGUGUCGAUUCGAGCAACCGUUUUGAUAUUGUGGCACCUUCCUUUAUAAAAUUAAAGCAAUCCUUCAUGGAAAAGUCGGAGUUAAAGUCUAACCGCUGACUGUUGCGAUAUUGUAGGAAAUGCCUCAGUCACAUCGAAACAUUCAGUCCUCGGUGGACGUGGAUUCACUACACGAGCACAGGAAGAAAUUACAUGUCACUCUUCUAGCAACUGAAUGGUGCUCGGCAAAGGGUGGUUUGUCCACCGUAAACAGAGUGCUCGCCAAACAGUUUUCAUCGAAUCCCAAUGUAAAGGUCACUUUGUUUACUCCUCCAUUUGAAUGUGAAUGUAAGGAAAAAGACAAAGCAGAAGCUUUUAAAUGUGAUAUUAAUAUUGAGGAAGCAGAUGGAAGAAUGGCAAACUCCACAGACCGCCUCAACUGGUUGGCGUUUCCCCCGGAGAAACUCCACAUAGACGUUGUUAUCGGUCAUGGUUGGAAGCUUGGGUGGCAGGCAGAGAUGAUCAGAAGAAGCCAUCUCUGUAAGUGGGUACAGAUGGUCCAUACAUGUCCUGAAGAACUUGCCAUGCACAAAAUCUGCGACACACCUUUCUUCAGAGGUGAAAAGAAGCAUGCGUCCGAAGUUUCCUUGUGCAAAAAGGCCGAUCUUGUUGUUGCCGUGGGACCCAAAUUAAAGGAAGCUAUUGCUAAGUCCCUCCGACCUUGCGAAGAAGAAAAAACUGUGUUAUCAAUAACACCAGGUGUCUUUUCUGAAUUUGAGUGUGGGAAAACCCAUGUUGCUAAACUGGAGAAGUUUUAUAUUUUAGUUUUUGGUCGUUGUGAUCCAAAGGAUUGGUCCAUAAAAGGCUAUGAUAUUGCGGCAAAGGCUGUGGCUAUUUUGCGUCAAAGAUCAUUUCACCUUACCAUCACUGGUGCAACCGCUGACAAUCGGGAAAAGCUUGUUGAGAUGUUAGUCAGUUGUGGUAUACCACGUUGCCAGUUAACUGUAAGAAAAUUUUGUGAAGAUCGGGAAUAUUUAAUCAAAUCGUUGCCGGAGUUUGAUCUCGUCCUCAUGCCAUCAAGAUCAGAGGGGUUCGGUUUAACUGCCCUUGAGGCAUUAUCUGCUGGUAUUCCCUUUCUUGUGAGUGGAAACUCGGGAUUUGCGGAAGCACUGAAGAAAGUGAAAUUUGGUGAAUUUUAUAUUGUAGAAGACUUUGAGGAUGCUAAUGAAUGGGCAAAAAAAAUCGAAGCCAUUCGACAGAAAGAAGGCCGAUUGAGACUUGAAGAGAUUCUACAACUACGGACAUUCUAUGAAGAAAAGUACAGCUGGGAGAGUCAGUGUCAAGACCUUGUGGUGACAAUGUCAAACAUGGCUUAUGGUAUGAUGUAGUUUGUUUUUUUAUCUGUUUGAUCGGCAUGAAGGAUACAUGCAGCACAGAACGAAUCAGAUUGUUCAGUCUGAUUCUUUCUUACCGUUGUUUUUGUGAUGCAAGGGAGUAACAAUAACGAUUGAAAUUUGUGUUACUUGAAAAUCCUGAAAGGAACCGCGUCAAAUAAAUUUGUGUGGAGGCCUUUCAAGUACCCUCUACCUGAAGUGAAAAAGCAAAUUUCCAUUCCAACCAGGAUUGCAUGAAAUUCUCCAUCCCUUUUUACAUUAAUCAUUUCACGUUGUCUUUUGCCGUCGUAAUUUCUUUUAAGUCCUCAAAACUACACCUACUAGUCCUCCUCCAUUGUUUUCUUCCACUGGACUAGAAUAAUCUCAAUGAUAUUAAUUGCGUUCUUCUUGUUGUCUAGCUGAACCCUUACGUCUAAAAUGGAAGAAGUGA